CCAUCAUCUCGGCCGCUUCCUUGUCCCUCGUCACGCUUUGCUUGUUUCCGCCGCUCCUCCCCCCGUCGUGACCUCGCCGCCGGGCGAGAUGGGGUUCGUCGGCGACACGCUGCAGUCGAUCCGAUCGAUGCAGGUCCGCCACGUGCUCUCGCAGAUCAUCAGCCUCGGCAUGAUUGUUACCUCAGCGUUGAUCAUAUGGAAGGGAUUGAUAGUUGUGACAGGGAGCGAGUCCCCAGUGGUAGUGGUUCUUUCUGGUAGCAUGGAGCCUGGAUUUAAGAGGGGUGAUAUCCUGUUUUUGCACAUGAGCAAAGACCCUAUCCGCACAGGAGAAAUAGUUGUUUUUAACAUCGAUGGUCGUGAAAUUCCAAUUGUGCACCGUGUGAUUAAGGUCCACGAACGUCAGGACACUGCAGAAGUUGACAUCCUCACAAAAGGUGACAAUAAUUUUGGGGAUGACCGACUUUUAUAUGCCCACGGUCAGCUUUGGCUCCAGCAACAUCACAUCAUGGGACGUGCUGUAGGCUUUCUUCCAUAUGUCGGCUGGGUUACUAUUGUCAUGACCGAGAAGCCAAUUAUUAAGUACCUGCUGAUGGGUGCACUGGGCUUGCUGGUCAUAACAUCGAAGGAUUAAAGAUGUCAACCUCAUCAUAUAACUUUUUCUUAUGGUGUGAGCAGUGACCCUAUGAUGCCAUUCUGUCCCACCAUGUAUCAAAUGGAAAAAAUUUAACUUUUAUGUAUUUUGAGCAUGACAUUAAUCUAGUAGUCAGUUUCUCGUACAAUGUCUAUCUUUUGAUACUUUAUAGUUCAUGAGUUGAAUCCGUAAUUGCAAUUGAUAAGGAUUACUUCUCAUUUC